GAAAGCUUAAUAGAAGGCUGUGAUUAGAGCCCUCCACUGCUCCCCAAUCCAGUUGCUGCAGAUCUAAGCAAGCCACCCAACUACUUUCUCAACAUGUGCCGAGGUUUAGCUGCGCUGCCUGCUAGCUGCUUGGAAAGAGCCAAAGAGUUUAAAACACGUUUGAGAAUUCUACUCCAUAAACCAGAAUUUGGACAUAAAAUUGGAAACCUCAGCUGGAGCACCAAACAAAAAUAUACUUUGGAGGAAGCACUUGGAUGGAAGGAGUCCUUUGAUCAACUGCUGAGAAGCAGAAGUGGCAUGGAAGCAUUUCAUGGGUUUCUUAAAACGGAAUUUAGUGAAGAAAAUCUGGAGUUCUGGCUAGCUUGUGAAGAAUAUAAGAAAAUCCCCACCAAAGCAAAAUUAGCAGCCAAAGCCAACAGGAUCUUUGAAGACUUUGUUCAGAAUGAGUCCCCCAGGGAGGUAAAUCUUGACCAUGAAACUCGAGAGGCAACCAGAAGGAACAUUGCUGGGGCCACUUCUAUGUGCUUUGAAGAAGCGCAAGCAAAAACAUACACCUUGAUGGAAAAGGACUCCUAUCCCAGAUUUCUGAAAUCUGCUUAUUAUAGAGACCUGAUUGAACAAGCAAAUAGCCACAGAACAGGCAAACCUGCACACACCUGAGCCAAUCCCUUGUUAUCAUCUGGAACUGUGUUGGGGAACAGAGACACAGAGUGAAACUGGAGAUGCUGAAAUCCAAGUGAAGGGUGCUAAGAACAUUUCCAUCGCAGAGCUUUGGUUUUUCCUGGCCUGGGACCGCCAAUACUUCCAUGUACCCAGAAGCUCUAUUAAAUGCAGACCUUCUCUAGAAAAAAGGCUGUGAGUUGAAAAAAACCAGGAGAGCCUAUGAAAAAGGCUGAAGAAAUUGAUGCAAGGAAGACUUGGUCUCCAGAUAGGAAGAGAAAUGCAACAGGAAAGGGAAUGAGAAUUAUGAAGAAAAGGUGGAUUUUGAUUGUCUCCUAAAAUGUUUACCAUUUUUGGAGAUACCUCUGUGCAUUCAUCUGUUUGAACCAGUGACAGCCUCCAUCUACUCUUAAAAGCUAGUCUCUGCACCUAUAAACACAGACCAAAAACUGUACAUAGCACAAUUCUCAUAUCUUGUAUACACAACACACACCAGUUUGAAAUUUCUACCCAUUGCAUGUCAGCCUCAGAGGCCUUCUGUUCUCUGCAUGUUUGUACAGUGAUCAGCUUGGUGUUCCAGAGCUUUGCAUCCAAACGGUUUUGCAUUUAUACUCAAGAGAAAGGCUGCAU